UAUUUAUAUUUUUGAAUGGGACAUACGAAUUUUAAAUUUAAUAUCAUGUCGAAUAGCGAUAUUUUGUUAGAACAUGCGAUAGAAGCGGCUAAAAAGGCCGUACAAUUCGACCAACAAGGAGAAUCCGGUAUAUCGACGUAUUAUUACGAGGCUGCUUCUCGACUUCUUAGGCAAGUGGUUACAUUAAUUGAAGACCCAGAAAGAUUGGAGUCCCUCAACGAAAAGGCUAGUCAGUACGAAAAUAGAGCCGACGAAUUGAGGAACGUUGCCCCGACCGAGCACAAAAUUGUAGGUGAAAAUGAAAAUACUUGCAAACUCAAACAGUGCUAUUUUCUAUUAAAUCAAGCCAUAGAAGAAGAUGAAGCCGGUGACAAGGAAGACGCGAUUAAAUUAUACACGAAAGCUAUCGAAUACGUAACGCAAUGCCCCGAUUUAAUGCAAGGCGAAUUGAAAUCGUUAGUUUUACAAGCGUUAGAUCGAGCCGAAGAAUUGAAAGGUAUAAAAAAGUCAGUAACUUCAUCCGUUAUACCCGGAAUUUCUCCCACGAAAUCAGUUCAACAAGCAUCCCAAUCAAAUUCGCACGUUGCACCGCGUAGAAUCCAACAAGUAUCUUCUUCUUCAUCGGACGGAUAUACCGAAGAGGAAAAACGGGUUCUUCUUUACACUUCCAAAAUCAACGGACGAGACUACGUUCCGUUCAUGUCCAUAGAUUUAUCCGAACGGUUCCAGUACUCUAUACCUUUCACAGACAAGGACGGCCAUUUGAUGUUAUCGGCCAAACAAAGAAGGGACUUCUACAAGUUCGUUCGACCCGAAGAGUUGUGUCACGAACCGUGCAUAGUCUACGGUUCCUUCCCCAAUUACUUGAGCAUCAAGCAAACUGUGAUAACGGAUUGUUCUUUCGUAGCUAGUCUAGCCGUUAGUGCUUCAUACGAAAGCAGGUUCGGAAGGAAAUUAGUAACCGCCAUAAUUUAUCCACAAACUAAAGAUAAACAACCGCUGUAUAACCCGUUUGGUAAAUACAUGAUUAAAUUGCACAUAAACGGCGUCUCUCGAAAAAUUAUAAUCGACGACAGUUUCCCGAUAGAUAGGUACGGGAGAUUACUAUGUUCUUAUUCGGCUAACAAAAAUGAAUUUUGGAUUUCGCUUCUAGAAAAGGCUUACAUGAAAGUUAUGGGCGGGUACGAUUUUCCGGGUAGUAAUAGUAAUAUCGAUCUACAUGCACUUACCGGUUGGAUUCCCGAAAGGGCUUCUAUUAGAAACAAUCCGGAAUUCAAUAAAGACGGUUUAUACGAGAAAAUCGAGGAUCGCCUAGCCAAAGGCGACGUCUUAGUAACCGUAGCAACGGGAGAAAUGUCCGACAUGGAAACAGAACGUAGCGGUUUAGUCUCUACUCACGCUUACGCUGUGAUGGACGUACAAACAGUCGAUGGCGUGAGAUUGUUCAAAUUGAAAAAUCCUUGGUCGCACCUGAGGUGGCGCGGAAGAUACUCCGAAUUGGAUACCAGAAGGUGGACGCCGGAGCUCCAAAGGCGACUCAAUUUCGAUCCUAACAGCGCCGCUCAAUUCGAUAACGGCGUGUUUUGGAUCGAUUACGAUAGCUUGUUGAAUUUCUUCGACGUGUUUUACAUGAAUUGGAAUCCCGAGUUGUUUCAGUAUACUUAUAGCAUACACCAAUCUUGGAAUGCUGGAACAGGUCCUGUGAAAGAUCUGUAUACCAUAGCUGCAAAUCCUCAAUUUAGUCUCAAUAUACCUGGUGAUGGUGGUGGAGCUGUUUGGUUGUUGUUAUCGAGGCAUAUUACAGAUAUAGACGAUUUUAGGGAUAAUAAAGAAUAUAUUACUUUAUUUGUGUACAACGGAGGUCAAAAAGUUUAUUACCCUUUCGAUCCAGCUCCGUACAUUGACGGUGUUAAAAUUAACAGCCCGCAUUAUUUGUGUAAAAUUAUUUUAAAACCAGGCUCAAGCAGAAAAUACACUAUCGUCGUGUCACAGUACGAAAAAUCUACCACGAUUUACUACACGCUCAGAGCGUACGCUACGCUACCAUUCACUCUAUCAAAAAUAAUAGACCCUUACAAAUUUGAACAGCAGCUAACUAGCGAAUGGAGAGGCCCUACUGCUGGUGGAUGUCCCAACCAUCCUGCUACAUAUUCGAAUAAUCCUAAAUUUAUCAUCGAUUUCGAGUCGGAUUCCAAAUUGUUGGUCGAAUUGAAGGGACCCAAGCAGUAUCAGAUUGGCGUCGAAGUUGUUAUACAGCAAGUAAAAGAUGAAUCGGUUACGGCGCCAUUCAGGUCUACUUCUUCAGGGUCUUAUCGAUCUGGAUACGUUGUUAUGGACCUUCCGGCUCUCCCGGCUGGUCUUGUAAAAAUCAUUCCUUCGACGUUCUUGCCUCACCAAGAGGGACCAUUUAUUUUGAAUAUUAAAUCGACCUCAACGUUUAAGUUUUAUAGAGUUUAAGAUUUUUAUCGCAUUUAGCUUUUGCUGUUAACAUAUUUUUACAAUGCCUACGUGCGUUAUUGUUGAAUUUUGCUUAUUUAACAUUAUACAAUCUAUAUAUCUAUUACAGUUUAAAAAAAUAUAAU